GGCAUGUAAUGGCAGCUUAUAAUUAUUAUAAUCGCAACAGUUUCCUUUUGUUGUUUUGGCCCUAUCUGUAAUUGUUAUCAGUUCACCACUUUCAAGAAACUCCAGCUUGUUGUGGUUUCACACAGCCACGAGCACUGGAGCAGCCCGUGUGUAUGUGGUCGCUUGUGUUUCUCUCCCUCGCCUUUUUAUAGCCUAACUGCAGGACUAAAGCGAGUGGCUCGUCUUUAAUCAGAGACUGGAGAGGCGGGCCGAGGUGCUGACUGUAAUGCGAUAGCUGCGCCCGCGCUACACUCAGCGCUCAAACGCGGAGACGCACAGUGCCAAAGGAGCUGCGCGCAGGAUCUCUAUCAGAAUACUUGAAUUACGGAUUCGCUUCGCGGAAGAUCUGAACCCAACUGUCUUUUCCUGACAGGUUUGCGCCACCGGUGGCGUUUUCCGUGCGAGACAGAGGGGUGUGCGGUUGGAUUGCGAAGGAAGAGCACGGGAAACGUUUCGUGUCACUUGGAUUGAAGGCGAGCGAAGCCGCGCUCACUCACUCACUCACUGCUCGAGGAAAUCAAGCCAGUCCCGCAGCUCUCUGAAAUAUGUUUUCUGUCUGAACUUUUCCGUAUAAAAGAAAGUUGUUUUAUUUUGUUGCCCUGGCUCAUUUAGGAUCUGACGGAGAGGAUGUUUCGGAGAUGUUAAACAUCCACGUCUGGAUUGAAUUUACACAUCAUAGAUUUUGAAGCGUGUCUAGAAAGCAGGCGUGUCGCCAAACACAAGAAAUUGUUAUCAGACUGAAUACACGAGCUGAUCUCAGUGGAUACAUUUGAGGACGAGAACAGUUUUUUAAAGGACAUCAGAACAACUUCGAGCUCUCAGCAUUUGAUCUUCUCGCGCUGGGUGAACAUUCACCCAGGAAAGAUGGAUUUAUUCACAAAGCUCUGUGGAUCAUUAUUUGUCUUGUGUUUAUCGGCAGUAGUUUACGGAGCAGAUGAGCCAUGUGGUGGGCACUUGGAUGCCAGUGACGCCGGGUACAUAACCUCACCCGGUUACCCUCUGGAGUACCCACCCCUUCAGAUCUGCAGAUGGGUCAUCACAGUGCCCGAAUCGUCCCAACGAAUCGUCCUAAACUUCAAUCCUCAUUUUGAACUGGAGAAACUCGACUGCAGGUACGAUUUCAUCGAGAUCCGGGAUGGGAACUCGGAGAGCGCUGAUCUGUUGGGGAGACACUGCAGCAACAUCGCGCCCCCUGCUAUCAUCUCCUCGGGCCCUGUUUUGCACAUCAAAUUUGUCUCUGACUAUGCCCACCAGGGGGCAGGCUUCUCGCUGCGCUAUGAAAUCUAUAAGACAGGUUCUGACUGUUCCAGAAACUUCACCAGCCCGUCAGGGGUGAUAGAGUCGCCAGGCUUUCCAGACAAAUACCCCCACAAUCUGGAAUGCACCUUCAUCAUCGUCGUUCCUCCUCACAUGGACGUCACGCUCACCUUUCUUACCUUCGACCUGGAAAACGACCCCUUGCAGGGCUCGGAGAGCGAGUGCAAGUACGAUUGGCUGGAGGUGUGGGACGGCCUACCACAGGUGGGACCUCUGAUUGGACGCCAUUGUGGCACCAAAAUCCCAGCUGAAAUACAGUCGUCCACGGGCAUCCUGUCUCUGUCCUUUCAUACGGACAUGGCCGUAGCCAAAGAUGGCUUCUCUGCCCGAUACAACAUGACAGUGAAGGAAGUCAAUGACAAUUUUCACUGCAGCAAUCCUCAUGGCAUGGAAUCAGGCAAGAUCAGCGAUGACCAGAUCUCCGCAUCGUCCACCUUCUAUGAUGGCCGCUGGUCUCCGAAGCAAGCUCGCCUUAACUUUGAUGACAAUGCAUGGACGCCCAAUGAGGACAGCAACAAAGAAUACAUCCAGGUGGACCUGCAAUUCCUGAAGGUCCUGACGGGCAUUGCCACCCAGGGAGCGGUCUCCAAGGAAACCCACAAAUCGUACUUUGUCACCACCUUUAAAUUGGAGGUCAGCACCAAUGGAGAGGACUGGAUGAUCUACCGCUAUGGCAAGAACCACAAGGUUUUUCAUGCUAAUGUGGACCCCUCAGAGGUGGUCCUGAACCGGAUCAUCCAGCCUGUCCUAGCUCGGUUUGUCCGCAUCCGACCACAGACAUGGAAGAAUGGAAUCGCUUUGCGGUUCGAACUUUAUGGCUGUCAAAUCACGGAUGCUCCAUGCUCAGAGAUGCAGGGAAUGCUCUCUGGACUUCUGCAGGACUCCCAGAUCUCAGCUUCCUCCAUGAGGGACAUCCACGGGGCCACAGGUGCCGCCCGACUGGUUGCCAGCCGUUCUGGGUGGUUCCCCAGUCCCACGCAGCCCGUGGCCGGGGAGGAAUGGCUGCAGGUAGACCUGGGAGUCCCCAAAACUGUACGGGGUAUCAUCACGCAAGGGGCCCGUGGAGUGGACGGCAGUUCCAGCGCUGAGAACCGGGCCUUCGUGCGGAAGUAUAAACUGUCUCAUAGCUUGAAUGGAAAAGACUGGAGUUACAUCAUGGAUCCUAAGACCAGUUUGCAAAAGAUUUUUGAGGGAAACACGCACUACGACACCCCGGAGAUCCGGCGCUUCGAGGAGAUUGCGGCCCAGUUUAUCCGGGUCUAUCCGGAGAGGUGGUCCCCCGCUGGAAUCGGAAUGAGACUGGAGAUACUGGGUUGUGACUUGCCAGAAUCUACAACCGUUCCUGCCACUGCCACGCCCACUCUGUUGCUUCAGGAGGAGACGAGUACCGCCCACCGAACGGCAGCUCCGACCUCUUUCUCAUCUCUUGGCGGCCUGUGCGACUUUGAAAAAAGCAUGUGUGGAUGGACCCACGACUCCAUGUCUGAUCUGAAAUGGUCUCACUACAGUUCCUCUAGUCCUAACUUCGACCAGACACUUGGAUCUGACAACUUUGGUGACUUCCUGUACGUGGAGGCGGGUCAUAAAACGGAGCCGCAGCGCGCCCGGUUAGUGAGUCCGGUGGUCGGACCCGAACGCCGGCCCGUCUGCCUGCUUUUCUACUACCAGCUGCAGGGAGAGAGUCAGGACAGUCUGCGUGUGUUGCUCAGAGACGAUGAACAGGAAGAGGCGCUGCUCUGGAUGCUAAAAGGAGACCAGGGACCCAUGUGGAGGGAGGGCCGCACCAUCCUGCCUCAGUCCCCUAAAGAAUAUCAGGUUGUCUUCGAGGGUUUCUUCGAUCGCGGCAGUCGGGGGCACAUCUGGGUCGACAACAUUCAUAUGAGCACCAGCACAGAGCUUGAGCAGUGCACACAACCCUUCUCAGCGUUCCCUCCUGAUAUGACUGGGGAAGCCUUACCUGGCUGGAGUGACCCCACGGUUGACACCACCGUGUCCCUGCAGCCCAUGCCCACCUACUGGUAUUACGUAAUAGCCGGAGGUGGCGCUCUUUUCCUCCUGGGCUGCGUGGCGUUGGUCAUGGUGCUGUGUUGCCAUCGCUACCACCUGGCGGCCAAGAAGAGCCAGCCCUCGGUGUCCUACAAGAGCACGUACACAGGACAGUACGUGGGGAACGGCACCGGGGCGGUCGCCGGAUCCGGGGUGGAGCCCAUGUUAACUAUAAGGCUUGAGAAGGAGGAGCCUAGUUCACAGUGCUGAACGCCGACGUGUUUGCUAAUGAAGUUUGUAAUAUCCAGACACCUUAAAGACUCGGAUCAGCUCUGGAUGUCGUUUGUGGUGAUGCUAAACGAGAUAACCGGGGAUGCGAGAAGGACGUACAUAAGCACCAGAGUUGUAAAGUUUUGGGUUUCUUUAGGAUUCUUUUGUGGCGCUGUGAGAGAGGAGCCAAAAUCCUGACUGGCAGGCACUCCCCGCUUCUCCUUCUCUCUUUUUCGCUGUGGAGAAAGCUCUAAUCUCCUGUUCAGGACCAAUCCGAUUGUACAGUCAAGAGAACUCGGUGCCAAAUUGUGAGGAGAGCUUGAGACAAGAGCAAAGCAACGGGUCUGAGGAAAAACAGGAAACUCGCAUGUGUACUGGAUCUCACGUGCACUCCAGGCUUGACGUGUGACAGGAAUAUUCAAAGCAUGAGUGUCAAAAAAACGUUACUGUGGGACACGUGUCACAAAUCCUCCGUUCUUGCUGGCGGAACCAGAUUGUCUCUGUGUUUUAACAUAAUACUGUAUGUGUGGAUGGGUUGGGUAAUAUACAGAAUUGUUUAAUCCGUGUACAAAGUGCCCUCCUAUGAGGACUGGUCUUUUUUUCUUUACUUUGAGAGCUUUAGAUCAGUAAGAGACCUUUAGAGCAACGGAUUCGAUCUUUAUUCUUCAGGCGGAUGUUUGAACGACCUGUUUGAUCUCCUCCUCGCCAUUAAAUGAACCGACGGAAGCUUCUUAAAAGCAUUUUGAAUGCCGCCGAGGAUUCAUUUGAAUGUCCGUCAAUAUGUCUAUGUAUAAACUUUUCGGAAGGUCAUCGGAGAUAUGUACAGAAUGUUUUUUGCAUAUAUGCAAAGGUCACAUGACCCUGCCUUAGCCAGCCUACUCUUCUGAUUGGCUAACUUACAAAACAUUGGCCUUAAGACGCUUUCGUGGGCUAGCCGAUUACUGUUCACAUUUAUUAUUUAAUAUGAAAUGAAUUCAUUGAGUGGAGAUUAAUACCGCCGCACAUGCAGUUAACUGAUGCACUGACUUCGCUUUAUUUUUAUAGUCGACUCUAAAACAUUUAAGCAGUGUGUGUGUGCGCUAGCGUGUUGUUCCCGCAGAGAUUUCGAUUACACACACAGUCUUUUAAGAGAGAAAGGAAAUCUUUGUAUAUGUGCCAAAUGUCAUACGGUGCUAAAGCACUUGGCUGGAUGAUUUUGCUGCAGGGAUCUAGUCGAGCUGGCACGUUGGCCCUAUACCUCCACACUCCACAUUUACAGCUGCAGCUCAUUUCUCUGUCCACCUCCUUAUAGCCUCAAAAAUUAUACCUGCUGAUGUCUUACUGAAUUCAUAACCGACACUUUAUGAUUCGAUUUUGGGGGGGUUUGACAUUUUAUUGAUAGGGACAUUUGGAGAGUAGGCGGGGGGGACUCACACCUCCGUAAAGAGCAUUUGGACACUUAGUUCACACUUAAAAAUGUUAAAAGAUCAUUGCAUUGUAUGACAAAGACAUCUUAUUAAAAAUAUAGCACAAAUGCGCAUUAUUUUUCAAGCAGAACAUUUCAUGUAAUAUGUUACGUUUUAAAUAAAAUACAACGAACUAGAGUUGCUUUAAAGUAGAAAAAGGCAAGUAAAGUGAAGUUAAUUCUGAGAAAAGGUUUGCAGAUUCCACAUUUUAUAUUUUCUAUAUAAUGCCAUGACAUUAUGACUUUUAAGAUUUUUAAAUGAGGCUAGAGUGUACAACAAUGUCCAAAUACACUGUAAGAAUCCACCUUUUACAACCAAAAACUUGAGUUUAAAAGUAUUGAAAUUGGCUUUACUGUACAUAUCAAUUGAAUUGAAAUGAUAAUAAACUAGGGCUGUCAAACAAUUAAUCGCAUCCAAAAUAAAAGUUUGUGUUAACAUUAUAUAUGUAUGUGUACUUUGCAUAUUCAUUUUCUAUUUAUAAACAAAUACAUGCAUAUUUGCAUAUAUUUAAGAAUAUUUGUAUAUAUAAUUUAAAUCAUUGGUACAUCUAAAUAAAUACAUGUAAAUAUUUCCUAAAUAUGCAUACAUGUAUGUAUUUGUAAUUGCAUAAUUAAUAUAAACAGUACACAGGAAAAACUGUAUAUUGAAACUUUUACUCUGGAUGCGAUUUAUCGUUUGACUACUUUUUAACUGACUUCACAAUUUUAACUUCAUUUUAUAACUAGGUUUAAUAUCAUUUAAAUUCAAGUAACCUGGAAAGCCAAUCGGAUUUAACUUAUAUAUUUAAUACAGCUUUUGAACUAAAGUUUUUUUUCCAAUAUAUAAGCAUGUGCACUAGUCACCAGGCCAUCUAUAACUGAAUGUGUACAUGAAGGAAUUCUUGCAAAAAAAGUUUUUUGCUUGUAUCUAUAUUAUUUGCAUAUGACAAUCUUGCUGCACACCGUAUUUUUUGUCUCAAAUGUUAUUUAUAAAAAUGUCUAUAAAAUAUUCUUUUAAAAUGUUCUUCAAAACACCUUCCCUGCAUACUAAUUCAAAGUCUGACUCUGAGUAUUAGAUCCAUCUCUUUCAUGUCUUGAAAAACGCAGCGACGUACCUUUGAACAGAAAAACAUGCUACGGUCUAAGAUGUACAAUGUUCUCUUCUUUACUAAACAAACACAAAAUAGGCACCAUCAGACCUCCGGGUGGAAAUUCCCCCGACCAAACAUAUUUUCCUUUUUACACAUAAAGAGUGUGAAGCUCCAUCCAUUACCGAAAGCAUCUGCCGGGCGUGCUCGCGUCAGAUUUUGGCUCCAUCCAAAGCGAGCGAGAUGAAAGAAGAAAGUAAAUCCUGAUAUCUUGUUUUGUCCUCCAUCUGGCAAUAGGUGAAAAUAAUCCCCCAUCAUGGACAGCCUGCUCCUUUCUCGCCCAUUUAUCUGCUCUUCACGAAAGAAUGUGUGGGGAGAUGGAAGGCGAGAUCAAAGGAAAGCCCUCUCUAAAUAUAAACCUUCUCCGCAAUAUCUAGGGUCUGAAGGGGUUUGUUUGAAUCACAAAAGCACAUGAAAGAUCCCACAGACAGCCAGAGAGACCACCUGACCUGGCAGGCCUGUAGCGGAGCAUUGUCUCCUCGCAUCCCACAUAAUCCUCAAUACAAUAAAGUGUGUUCAGGAAUCACGGGACAGCAUGCGACAGCUUUUAAUGUGAAAUCUAAAAGACACAUCAAAUAUACAGUUAUCUGAACGUUUUUUAGGAUUUGAGUCACGUGAUUUUCAUUAUGUCAUGAAUCGUCCUCUUCUUUAAUGCAGAAUUUGAGGAUACGCAGCAGAUUUCUGAGUUCUUACAGCUGAAUGUGUAGUUGUCUUGUUUCGUCUUGAGCAUUUUGUCCUCUUUGACGUCUCACAUUGAGCUAGAUACAUUUUACUGAUCAGUCUGGUGGUUCAUUAUAUGCGUAUGAUUAAUGUACAAAUUUAUCUUUAACUAAGACUCAUUUUUUAUCAUUUGAUUCAUCACUGUUCUCAGUGCUUUUCAUCACAUUUUAAGCUGAGUUGCUAAUAUUUCUAAUUUACGGAAGCCCGUAACAGCAAUGUAAUUCUUUUUAGUGAAGACAUUUUUUUCCUUACACUCUCCUCCUGUAGCGUAUAUUGUAAAACUUUGCUGUAGGUCUGCAGCAGGUUUGCCAGGAACUUACUGUAGAUUUAAUUUACAGUUUUUUUAAAACAUAAAUUUACCUAGUUCUUAUAUUUUCAAUCAUAAAACAAGACUAAAUAUCUCAGGUCACUUUUCUUGUUAUGUAAAUGUAUCGUCAUUUAUAAAGUUUGAAAUAUUUUUACUAGAAAACAAAACAAAAGUGCUUAGUAAGAAUAUCAUUUUUUGCAGUGUAAUGCCAGUAUUGAGACCAGUCUCUUCCUCUCUCAUUUUGAACAUCAAAAGUCAAAGUGUUUAGGUCUAGACUGUAGCCUAAUUGUUUAAUUCUCUUCAAAAAUACUUUUUUGUCUUUUAAAAACUUUUUUUAAGAGAAAACAAAUUUUAAAUGAGCAAAAACAUUUUUGAAGGGUAAAAAACAAUUAGGCUAGACUACAGGAGGGGAAUGUACGACCAUUUCUUUCUUCACCGCUAUAUUUUUUUACAUUGCGUUUCAGGGCUUCUAUGCUAAUUAGCUAAUGCACCAGAUUCCAUUUCAUGAAGCCUGUCUUAAGCUUUCUCGCUGGGAGUCUUUGCUUUUGCUGUCCCUGAAAAAUAUUCAUUACUAAAAGUACUCUGAGGGAAGAAGAUCCCAUCUCUGGACUGUGAUACCUGCAUAAAACUUCUUUCACCCUUCUCGAGAGUCAGAGUAGGAAAAAUGCUACAGGUUGUAUAUUGUGUGCUUACACAUGAAGUCAGGAACGGGUUUGAAAUCCUUUGAAGAAUUACGUUUUAUUAUGUUGACAUCAUGCUUCAUUUGCAUCAGUAUGAUCGCUGAUGAUGUAAUGGUCGUGUGCACUUUUUGUGAAUUCAUGGCUUCACACCAUCAUGAAUAUGAGCUCUCUGUUUGAUUCACGAUGCAGCGUUUCAGAAUGUUUCAAUACAGUAUAAGGUAUAUUUUAGCUUGAAUUUCAUGGUCUUGGAAAUGUUGUAUGGAAUGUUACAAUAAAGUGAUAUUUUUCUACAACUAUAGUGAUUUGUGCUUUUUGAGCGAUGAAUGAUUUAACAUUUUAUCACAUCUACAGCUAUUUGUUCUCUGGUCAAAUGUUGUUUCUUCAUUUUGUAUUCACACAUUGCACUAUUGAUAUUAUUAGCUCUUGAGACAAAAAUGCACAAGGCUGUUCUUUUUGCAUUCUUUACAAUUCUGUUUAAUGCAACCUUCGACUCAUUUUGGGCUUUGUUU